CAAUGCUCGGCGUUAACGCGAUCGGGCUAUAUAUACGGCGCGCCCCCGGCCAGCAGCAUCAGCACUCAACCCUCUCCUCUCAGCCCGACAGGACAACAGUCCCACCAACAGACUCGCCAUGAUCUCCAAGCUGGUGGUCCUCGCGGCGGCGGUGGCGGUGGUCGCCUCCCAGGCGGCGCAGUACCCGGCGGGCGUCAGCCCGCACCUGUGCCCCAACUACCCGCACUGCGACAACGCGCUGCUCGCGCUGCACGCCCAGGGCGCCGCCAACGCCCCCGUGCACGCGGCCGCGUACGCACCCGCGCCCAACUACAACAACUACAACCCGGCGCCCAACUACAACAACUACAACCCCGCCCCCGCCUACAACCCUUACAACGCCGCGCCCGCCGGCGUGCCCGCCGCGGCCCAGUACCCGGCCGGAGUGUCGCCCGCCUCCUGCCCCAACUACCCCUACUGCUCCGGACACAUCGGCGCCCCCGGCCCCGUCGCCGCGCCGCCGCUGCCCGGCUUCUCCUCCAGGCAGUACCCCGACGGCAUCUCCCCGUCCACCUGCCCCAACUACCCUUACUGCCACUAGAGCCGUACCCGCCCUUCCCUGGGCCGGCGUGCCCCUUCCCCUCCCCCCCCCCCCCAGCCGCCAACCCUAGUCCAUGCAGAUUGUGAUAAGGCUGAUAAAGACGAUGAUAAGGACUGUUGCUUGAUAACAGCGACACGCAGCUCCAUUGUUUGAGGGCGUGUUCGAGUGUUGAGGCAGAGCGUCGAGUGCUGAUUGCUUCCCUUAACCUUGUCUGCAAUGAUCUACCGCUACAAGCGGCCGCGCCGCGACCACGCCCCACCACGCGGCCAGAGUCCGGCCAGAAGCGGCGCGGACACUAAACUCGCCAUUUCCUAGCGCAAAAAGUAGCGUCAUAUAAGCGCCGUCGUUGCGCUUUGAGCUCAAUGGCAAAGAAAAAACGAAAACGAUAUUCGCACUGUGAUAAGGAGAUAAGUGGAUCUGCUGUUUUUUGUAUUGUAAAUGUUUAAACUAUUAUGAUGAAGGCAAAUAAAGUUUGCACGAAACCGAA